UUUUUUUUUUUUGUUGGAUUGGUACAUUUAUCGGUUGUUUUAUCUUUAUAUUUCUGCCAUCCUUAUCUCUCUCUCUCUCUCCUGUCUUGAAUACAAACUAACAUUUAAUUACUGUAUAUCUCUGUUGUUGCCUCUCUCUGGUCACUAUUGUCCUCAAUUCCAGCAAUAUUGACAUAGUAUUACCUUUUUGUGUAAUCAACUACCUUUGUUUAGGCUCAACUAUCCAUCCAUCCUUCCAUGUCUUUAAAGCGAAUCUUCUCCUACUAUAACAACGAUUAUCAAUUCAUGGGAUCCAAACAAAGUACUUUGACUCCAACACAACUUCAACAUCAACAGAAACGUGCCAAACGAGCUACUGGUCAGUUCUCAUCCAAUACCAAUCUACAACAUCUUCCUAGUUAUCCUGCUGCAACAAAACUGUACAAGCAUUCAACAACAACAACUAUACCAAAACAAAAACAAGUGACAGAACCAGUGUUCAACGCCCAAUUAUGUUUACAAUGGUUUCAGCGAUAUGCUGAUCCUGAUACCCCAACCUCUAUAUCUCCUGAAGGCAUGCAACAAUUCUUACAAGAUCUCGGUAUAUCGGUGGAAGAAAGGAUGGCCAUUGUGGUUGCUUGGAAACUGAAUAUAUCUACAAUGGGUUACAUUACACAACAAGAAUGGAUGACUGGUAUGCAACAACUAGGCAUUGAUCACCAAGAACAAUUAGUCAAGCAACGACUUGAUGAAUUUGAAUCGGCGCUGCAGGAUGUUGACAACUUUAAGAAAUUCUAUCGAUAUACUUUUGAUUAUGGUAAGAACAAGGAUCAGAAAUGUAUGGAUGUGGAUGUAGCAUGUGCUCUAUGGAAUGUGUUAUUUGAUGAUACCUUUACCCUGGUGAACCACUUUGUUCAAUUCUUACAAGAAAUGCAUCCUGUACGUGUCAUUAAUCGUGACCAAUGGCAAAGCUUUCUAGAAUUCGUUACCACCGUCUCUGAUGAUUUAUCAGACCAUGAUGAAACUGCUGCAUGGCCUGUACUUUUUGACGAGUUUGUUGAAUGGAAAAGAAAUUCUUCAUCGUAGAUCCCCCCUCUCUCUCUAUAUCAUAGGAUAGAAAAAAAAAAUUUUUUUUGUUAGUCUAGUUAUUUUGUUUGAUAUUUUAAUUCAAUUAAUAUACAAUCUUCUUUUAUAUUAUUA